AUGGUAGCACCAAACCAUUUUGAAAAUAUUGAGCUUGACCCAAAAAAAUCAGAUCCAUGUAGCUUCACUUUCUAUCAUAUGAAUGACAUCUUAAUUAUACACCUUGGAGCGGGAAAUCAUUCUUCAGAUUUCUCCUCACAAUAUAAAUCACUUCUAAGAAGGUCAUUGAAGCAAGAUAACCUCAUUGAAGCAAGUAAAAUUUUGGAAGACUCGUCAUUGACAAAUACUGGAUAUGGAUCAUCAUUGAAUAUCUUAGGAAAAGUAGAAUGUGAUGCCAGCUUUGUUAUUAAUACAAAAGUUGAGAAUAAGAGGAGGAUUGGAUCUUUGAGCGGAAUCGAUUCCAAGCACCCUAUUCUGACCCUUUUUGAUACUUUUACAUUCAUCGAAGACAUAUAUAAGAACGAUCAGCAUGAAUUAUCAAUACCUGUACUGUUAAGUUAUCCGAGUUUGAAAGGGAUUCUUCCGAAACAAAACGAUUCAAUCAAUCUUAUUUCAGAAAAAUCACAGAGGAUUUAUGAAGCUUACAAAGAAAAAGUAUUUGAAGGUCGGAUUGAAGAGUUGAAACAUAUAAUAUCAGAUACUAUCGGGUUGAUAAGAAUCGUCGAUGGAAAUACUACCAUUGCCACAUCAUCUGGAGGAAAUUUCUUUAAGCUACCGGGAAGAAUUGGAUGUGCUGCAAUAAUUGGGGCCGCAAUUGAUUCGAUAAAUUAUGAAGAUUGUGAAAUAAGUUGCAUGUGUUCGGGAAACGGAGAGCAGAUUGUAAAAUCCAUGCUUGCACAUGAGAUCGCAAAUAAGAUACGAAAUAUACCGUCUGAUGAAUAUGGGAAAUGCUUACAAGAGAUAGUAUAUAAACAUUCUGACAAAUUUUAUGGGGGAUUUAUUGUUGCAACAACUAGCCCAGGAAAAAUUCAGAUCUUAUAUGGGCAUACAACUGAAUCAUUUCAUUUCGGAUAUCGCGUCAAUGACUCUACGCGUGUCGUUUUAAGUUAUUCAGAGAGGCAAGGUAGAUUUACAUUCGGGGAAUACAAUCAUAGACUCUCUUUAUAA